UUUAAAAAGAAAACCUGGCUUGAUCGCUUUACACAAAGCGCACACAGACGCUGUUAGGCAGAGACAAUAGAAACGCUUCAAGAUUAGGAACCUUCGCUUCGGACCCGUCAGCUACAUUUCUGCUCGGCAUCAGCCGCGAGACGCGAUGGAAGAAUUCAAGCGAACAAAACAGCCUGAAGUGAACUCAUCGCUGCUGAUUGCGAUCAUGUCCGGCAUUGUCCUGGCACUCGCGUACUCCCAUUAUCUGGAGGUUCAGGUGCCAACUGAAGAAAUAAGGAGGCGGAGAGAAGCCUACGGUUACGGCGCCGUGGCCGAUACAGCGCCCACGACGCCCCCCAAGCUUGGAUGCCACCCGGGGGUCAACGACCCCCAGCUUCGGUCUCUUCCUCAUUUGUACAAGGACGUGGCUCCUGAUCCGUGGGCACAAAACAUUUACCAAAUAGAAGUCUCCAUGGCGAUGAAGAUUAAACAUAAAACUUUAUGCUCAAUUGAGAGCAUGUGCACCGUUAAUUCCGACGCUCACGUCUGGUUUCUGGUGACGCGCGCGACGCUCGAUGCUUCGUCUGCCCAAAGAUUGCUGAGUCUGCAGAAAAUUUGUCCUCGUCUGUGCGUGGCGCACGUGAACGUACGCACAGUCAUGCGCAACACAGCUGCUCAUGCGCUCCUUAGUUCUGACGACUUCUGGAACACCCCCCAUUUGUUCACCCAAUUGAGCGACUUACUGCGCUAUGCGAUCGUCUACCACUCAGGGGGAUUGUAUACGGACACAGACAUCUUGGCCCUGCGACCAUUUAAAAAUUCAUCCAAAAACUUUUUCACCGCUCAAGGCAACGAGAUUCAUACCACGACAAAUUCAUUGUUCCAUUUCGAGCGCUACCAUCCAACGCCGAUGAGGUUCUUACAAUUUGUAUCGGACACAUUCUCGCCAGUGACAUGUAGACUAGUGUAUGCAUCACUAGGCCCGCAUGCUGUCGUAAGGUUUUUACUGAGCGACGAGUGCGCCUACAGGUUCCUACUCCCCCACAAUGCACCAGAACGCUACCCUGCACCUGAUGACCAUAUCGGCCCAUGUGAAUCGUCACGCAAUGGUGAGAAAUAUUUAGCCAGGAGUGACGGCACGUCGAAUGGGUCGAAUCGUUACAUUGACAAUUUUUCAGGCAAUAUCGAAACCUUAAACUAUCAUCACGACCGUGAAGAUUAUUCGUCCGACUGCGUUCAUGAUAUCUUCGGGAAGACUGCUCACCAGCCCAUCCAUUUCAUGAACUCCCACUCGUUGUUCAGUCGUAACAAGACGUUGGUGGGACCUGAAGAUAACAUUUUUCCGGGCACCUUCACCUUCGAACUUUACAACUCGCACACCAAGGCCAUUCCCGUAGAAGAAGGCAGCUUGGUGGAUAUCAUUGCACGGAAGACGUGUCCCCUCACUCACUCGAAGUGUCCGUCUCUGAUGUGCAACUAAUCUCGCCAGCCUUGUUCACUACUCUGUUGGGGACUAUUCAAUAAACCAUCAUUUAUAAGACUGUGAUAGAACAACAGCAAUAAAAUGUUUUUCACUGUUUA